UUGGUCCAAAGCUCAUAUCAGAAAUGGAGAGACGAUCUAUUGCAUUGUUCACCAUCUUCCUUAUUGUCCUCUGCUUCCCCAUCUCAUCAGAUUCUCAGAAGCGCAGUCCACCAAUAAACUUACACGACCAAGAACCAGCCCAUGAGGUUACAAUCAAAGACAUAAAAGGAGAAAAAGAAGAAGAUAAGAGUAUUGACAUGUUCCGAGUAGGGACAGGAUCUCGUGGAGUUACAGGUGGAAAAGGUGGAGGCCGGAAAGCAUCUCCAAAGCGUAACGCCGCCAAGGAACACCGGCCACAGUUGUUCUUCUCCACCACCUCCGUUCUCUUCAGCGGGUUUAUAAUGCUUUCACUAACUUCUUUCGACAUGUAAAUAAGAUUAUUAUGUUGUGCCUAAAUCUCUUAACUUAGAGUUUAACAUAUGUUAACUGGGUAAUUGUAAACUUUGAACUCUACCACAUCUUAUGAGGAAUAAGAAUAACACAGGACAUUAAGCAUGAAUUUAUA